AUGGCACUCAAAGGACGAAUUCGACAAGAGUUAAGACCUGAAGAAGGCCCGGAAGCAAAGUUAGCAGUGAUGGCAGUCGUUUAUAUAGAGGGAUUGGAAUACGAGGAAAAUCGGUGGGAUGUGUUGAAGAACGAGUCCUCCCUCUCUAUCGACUGGCUUCCAAUGUCGCACGACGUCAUCGAGUCCUCCAGAAGACCGCCGAAACUCAAAACUGUACAUUUCGUGGAUGUUGGACAGGAGACCACUGCAAUUGUUAUAGAACUUCUUUUUGAUUUAUUGAAUAUGAAGUUAAGAUCGACUUAUGAGUUGAGGGUCGGCUCAAUCUACGACACUAAAUGUGACAGAAUGCUCGAUCUGACCACUCAUGCAGCGUUGAAUGUAACCUUUGCAUGUGAGAAGAUAAUUGGAGCAGAUUGUCGGGAUGCUAUUAAAAUCGACCACCACCCAGUGUGCAACCUGAUGCGUAACUAUCAUACCCGUGUCAUCGAGCUGGAAAACCACGUGGAUCAAGUAGACGUCUUGAUUUCGAUUGAGAAAAACGCGCAUCGCCUCAAAAAGAUGCGAUAUUUUGUUGCGUUUUAUGGAAAAUGUGAGGAGCACUCAAAGAACGAUAAUGGAGAAUGUGUACUCGAUAUGCAGAAAGCUGAAAUUUCCAGAUUUUGUGUUCCGAACCGAGUUAAUUGCACUAAAUUUAACCGAAAAUUCUCGUUGACAAUCUCCAACUAUGACUUGACAGCAAAGUAUGGUGUGCAGAUUUGUGGAAUUCUGGACCAUCGCUUCGAGGCUCCGCCCAUUGUGGCGGGGACCAGUAAGAUAGCUGCGGAUGCGUUGACAGUCUCCACUACAAUCGCCUCUUUAUCAGUCGUUGCUCCAGCUGACUCCCUUCUGCGGACUCUUAUUGGAUAUGCUUUUGUUCUUGCAUUCCUUCUGAUCAUUCUUAUAAUAUUUAUAAGCUACAAAUGUGCGACAGGCCGGUGGUGCAAGGGAGAUCGGAUGGAAAGCGACCAAUUCCUGAUGGAUGAGAACAGUCUCACCCUAUUCGAAGACAUCAUUAUCGGGAAGGGACGUUUCGGAACUGUCUACAUCGGUCAACUAUCCCCCGACUGGCAUGGACCAGUAGUUUUAGAUGAUCAGCAACGAGUUGCAGUGAAAACCAACCGCUACUUGGAUAAAUCUCGCAAACGAGAUUUCUUCGACGAGAUCGAGGGAGCAAAGGAAGUUGGAAGACACUCAAGGAUACUGCCGUUUAUUGGGACAGUGGUGAAGAAUGGGAACGUGUUGCAUGUCAUGGAGUACUGUAGUAAUGGGAAUUUGUUGAGUUAUUUGAUUGCGAAGAGGAAGUAUAUGGUGGAGCUCCAAGAAAAAGGUAUCAACCUGAAUGAGUCCUUACCAAGCCUCAACGACAUUGACUUUGACGAAGUUAUAUCUAUCCAUGACCUCUACCGUAUCUCCUCUCAAAUUUGCACGGCGAUGAUGUUCCUUGGCUCCAAAAAUAUAGUGCAUAAUGCGUUGUGUGCUCGUCAUGUAAUGAUAUCAUCGGAUCAUAAUGUAAAAUUAGCGGAUUUUGGAAGCAUCUCGACACCGACUACUCCGAACUGCACGCCUGUUGAAAACCAAUACAAAUGGUGUAGCCUCGAACUUCUGCGUGGUGAGACUGCCACCGCUCUAUCAGAUGUCUGGUCGUUUGGAGUUGUCCUUUGGGAGAUUCUCACAAUGGGCGGACGCCCAUAUUAUAAUGUUCCGGAUGCAGGGAUCAGAGGUCUGGUGGAGAAAGGAUUCAGGUUGCAGAAGCCAGAUGGAUGCACCAUUCCAAUGUAUCAGCUGAUGAGGGAAACCUGGUUGGAUAACCCUACGGACCGCCCGACUUUUAAUCAGAUCUCGCAGAGAAUUUCGCAGUCGGCGAGUCAGUGUACGCCGGAAGCUUCCAGAAACUUUUUAACGAUCUCAACCCUAUGUGACUACUACCUCGAUGACCCAUUCCCUCGUGACACCCCGGCCACAUCCUCCCUGCCACGUCGUCAACAAACUCAUUACGAUGCGGCUGCACUCAUUUCAGAAUCCGAGCGUCUUCUCGGCUAUCGACUAUAA